AUGGAGUCUUUUAGCAGGAAAGAAGUUGAUUGUAUUGCUGGCAAGGAUUGGGAUUUUGUUUUUGAAACUGCUAUUGGUAAUGCAGGUGGCAUUUUAAUCUUGUGGAAAGUUGUUGUUCUCUCCUUCCAUAUGUUAUUUAAAACUCACCAAUGUAUUAUGGGGAAGGUUUAUGGUACCAAUGGCUUGUUUUUGGAGGUUGCAGUUGUCUAUGCUAAUAAAGACAGAUAUGUAAGGAGGCAUGUUUGGGAAGAUAUUUCAAAGGCUCAUAAUUUGGAUGCUCCCUUGUUAGUUGGGGGGGAUUUCAAUUGCAUUAUAUCACAAGAAGAUAAAAAGGGAGGGAAGGCUUUUCAUUUCUCUGGAGCUGCAGGUUUUUCAGGUCCUGCUUUUACAUGGACUAACAAUAAGGAUGCGAGGAGCAGAAUUUACUCUAGAUUGGACCGGUUUUUUGUUAGCUCUUCAAUCUUAGAUUCUUUCCAAGGGUUGAAGAGUGAAGUGAGGCAGAAGUAUUCUCAUUGGAUUAAGUUUGAAGAUGUUUGGAUAUCUUAUCCUAAAGCUUGGCAAUUAGUAUGGGAUAAAUGGAGAGUGGAUGAUGAAGGCAAUGAAGCUCUUAAGCUCAAGAAGAAAUGCCAAAGAACUCUCAAGGAAUUGGAAUGUUUACCUGGCGAGUUAACUGAAGUUCAAGCUGAGGCUUUAAGGUAUAAGGUGCAAUUCCUGAACAGUACUCUUGCCCGUAUUAUGUCUUGGUGGAAGCAACGAGCAAAAGUUAAAUGGCUUGAAGAGGGUGAUGAGAACACCAGGUUCUUUCAUUCAAUGGCAUCGGCUAGAAGGCAGAGUAAUUGUAUUGAAGCUUUAAAGCAUUCUGAUGGAUCAACUGUAACAGAACAAAUACAAAUUUCUGAGAUGAUUCAUUGUUUCUUUGAAAAAAAAUGGUGUGGAAAUGCUAUUGUGGAGGAUGGGUGGCCUUCCCUUGGUUCUCAUUGUGAUAGCUUGGUUGGAGUGGCGGGUUUUCUUGAGAAUGAAGUCACUAAGGAGGAGAUUUGGGCAGUUGUUUGUUCUCUGGGCAAAAAUCGUGCUCCUAGGAGAGACGGUGUAACGGCCUCCUUUUUCAAGAGUUUUUGGGAAAUUGUAGGGGAACACGUUACCAAGGCUUGUUUGGAAUUCUUUGACUCAGGAUUUAUGGAUCCUUCUUGGAAGGAAACGGUGGUGGUUCUUGUGCCUAAAGUCAAAAAUCCUGAACAUCCAUCUAAUCUUUAUAAAGUGGUUGCAAAGGUUUUAGUGAACAGACUUAAAGGGGUGCUACCUAAGCUUGUUUCUGAGGAACAGGAUGCAUUUGUUCCGGGGCGAUCUAUUUCCAACCAUUGUUUGUUGGGGCAGGAGGUAAUUAAUAAGUUCAAAAUCUCUAAAGCUUCCUCUGGCUUUUUUGCGUUGAAAGUGGACAUGGAGCAAGCUUAUGACAAGAUGAGCUGGAAGACAUUGGAAGUGAUUAUGAGGCGUUCUUCUAUUCCUAAUCUUAGGAAUAUCAUCUCCAUUAUGGAAGAUUAUUGUUCAUGGAUGGGGCAGAGGGUGAAUAGAAGUAAAUGUGCCAUUCUAUUUAGCAAGAAUGUUUCUUCUACUACAAAGUCCAGGUUGGCCAAGAUUGUAGGCUAUAGAAGAGUGGAGGAGAUGGAAUAUUUGGGGCUAAAGUUUUCUUUGAGAAGGCUUACAAAGGUGGACUUUGCUCCAUUAAUACAGAAGGUGCGCAGUCAGAUGUUGGCUUGGGGGAUCAGACACCUAUCCUUAGCUGGGAGGAUUACAUUGAUAAAUUAUGUACUGAUUCCAACAUAUGUUUAUGUUGUGUCUCACACAAUUGUGUCAAAAUCUGUACUGAAUGAGAUGGAAAAGAUUUGUAGGAGCUUCCUAUGGAAUGUUGAUGCAGAAUAUAGAAGCAUUCACUAUGCUUCAUGGGAGAAUAUUUCCAGACCAAGGAGGAAAGGUGGAUUUGGUUUCCAUACUAGUGACAAGUGGGUUGGACCAUUACGUGCAAGAAUUGCCUGGGAAUAUAUUUAUAAGCCUUCGAACAUAUUUCAGAGAUGCAUGGAACAUAAAUAUGGCAGAUGGCCGUGGGAGUAUGAAGGCAAAAGAGAGGAUUCUAUUGGUUGGAAAGUUAUCCUGGAUGGUGCCAACAGCCUUGGUCCCUGUAUCUGGUGGAAUGUUGGUAAUGGUUGUGAUAUUCAUGUUUUGAAUCAUAUAUGGAUUUGGGAUAGGGCCAUUUCUUCUUGGCCUACAUUUUGUGAUAUCACAGCAAUUGAAGACUCUCGGGUUGCAGAUCUUAUCACGUUGGAGGGAAGCUGGGAUAAGUCAAAGCUGCUGUCUUGUUUUGGGGAGCUGCUGGUUGAUAGAAUUUUGGAGAUUCAAAUUGAUAAUGAGAUUAGUUCUGACUCUCUCGAGCUUGUGAAGAACCCUAUGGGUAAUACCAUCUCUUCAAAUGUUUAUAACAUAAAUUUUCGGUAUGAAGAUGAUGUAUGUUGCAAUAUCUUGAAGGUUGGAUUGAGACCUCGGGUAAGAACUUUUUGGUGGAGAAUUUAUAAAGCUAUUAUUCCUACGAAUGGGUGGCUUUAUACUAGAGGGCUGGAGGUCAAUGUUCACUGUCCUGUAGGUUGUGGUAUGCUUGAAGACUUGGAUCAUGUCACUACAGGUUGUGACCAAUUGCAUAACAUUUUGGAUGUCCUGAAGUUUUGUUAUCCCAAGAAAUGCUGUAAAGCAUGGGAAGGAUCGGAGCUCGCCUAUGUUUAUGGCUGGAAUUAUCCUGGAAGGGAUCAAUCAAAAUUAUCUUUCUUACCACUUGGAGCAAUGGGACAGAUCUCAAUCCAUUGGAUUGUCUUCUCUAUCAUCUUGGUGUCCCCCCCUACAGGUUGGUUGAAAGUAAAUGUUGAUGGUGCACUUUUGAGGUCUAAUGCAGGAGGAGUGGGCAUAGUGAUUCGUGAUAGCUUUGGGAAGCUUAUUGUAGCUGCUGGUUGGAGUCUUUGCCAUUGGGACAGUGUUCAAGUUGAGAUGAUGGCCAUUCAAUAUAUAGGGAAGCUUGCUUUGGACUGGAUGUUUGAUAUUAAGGGGAUCAUUGUGGAGGGUGAUAAUGCUUCUGUUAUUGAGUUUAUGCAUAAUUUUAAAGUUAAAAGACUUUGGAAGCAAAAGCAUGAAGAUUUUGACAAGUGGAGCUGGUUGAGUUCAUUCCAACAGAUCAUUUUUGUUCAUACCUAUAGAAGAUAUAAUAUGGCGACACAUUAUUAUGCUGAUAGAGCUUUAGAGGAAACGUUCCAUUGGGAUAUAGGAGAUAGAAAUAUAUGUAUUCCUCAAGAAUUUUUGGAUAUUCUUGAGGAUGAUAGCAGUUCUUUUGCUUUAGAUUAG